AUGACGUCACUUUUGACCGAAUUCGACCUGUCCCUACUCAAUCCCGCCUACUUUUUCUUUCCAAUGAUCGGAGGCAUCAAUUGUGGAGUGCUACGUGGAUUCCAAGUGCAAUUCGGCAUUACCUCGCAUGUUUGCAUUGUGAGUUCAGAUGGGAAAACCUACAAUAUCCGAAAGUUCAGACCGUGUUCGCAUUCAUCAUUUGUAUGCAAGUACCCGCUUUGCUCUCCUGCUUCUUGUACCGACAUCAAGCGGCGGCUGGGUGUAGUCCCGACAAGGUGGCUAUUCAGAUUCGGACAAUAUCAGUUGGCACUAAAACUUGUACAAUUUCUUCUGUCCAAGUUUGGUGUCAAUUGAUUCAAUAUUCGACAAGUUGCCGUAAAUAGAAGAGCACCACAAAAUACCAGUUCAUUUAGAACAAUAUAUCUCAGCUGCUAUUGUAGAUGUGAAAAAGUGGUCAACUUAUAAAAUGUGCACAAUUUUAUAAUGAACAAUUUCUUAGUUGACAUCUUUCCGAUAUCUUCAGCGGCAGCUGAGAUAUGCCGUCUUGAACCUCGGGUAGUGGGCUUCCUGUUUACGGUGUCUGCCGACCAAGUUUCGUGUCAAUUGCAUCAUUUUUCGAUGAACCUAUCAAAAACGCCGUUUUUUCAGAGUUGGAAUCUAUCGAGAUUGCACAUAAUCGUCACCCUAUUCGUCUACCACUCUUUCCCCUUCCUCAUCGCAUUUUCACUCUACCACUCCGGCCUGUCUAUGGAAGAAAAGAAGAUUUCCCUUCAGUUGGUCGGUGGCCUAGAAUUCCCAUUUCAAGGCCAUGGUUUUCUCUUCCAGAACUAUCCGGACUGCGUCGAAUCGCUCAACGACUUCACCUUCGACACGUACGAUUAUAAACUCAAUUCGACAUUUGUCGCGUUCGGCAUUCUGAUCUCAAUGUACUACAUAAUGGCCGGUGCGAUCGGGAUCGGGCUCUCGUGGCGCACCGGACAGAUUCUGCACAGAUAUCGAUAUAUUAUGUCGGCGCGAACGUACCAACUACACAAAAGUUCACUCGUCACACUCACCGCUCAGGUUUUUUUCUUUGCUUCUUGCCACGCCUCCUUUUCACGUAUCUGAAUGUUUUUUCAGGUGUCCGGACCGACUCUGGUCCUCGGCAUUCCGGUUUUUGUUGUCUACAUUGUGGUCGCCAGUCAAAUGGCCCAGUUACACUGUGAGUUUAUGGCGUCUUUGACAAAAUUGCGUGUAUUUGUGCGCGUUUUCAGCCCUCGCCGCCACCGCCCCAUUCUUCAUUUCGAUGCACUCGGCAAUUUCGACAAUUUGCACGAUCAUGACGACUCCCACGUACAAAAGUUAUGUGAAAACCAAGUGGGAAAGCGUAGGCGUCAACACUUUUUGGAAAAGUCCGAACAAACCGAUGGCCAGCCCGAUGGCAAUGAAUCGGCCGGCGAUCAGUGCGGUUCACACGGUUUUCUGA